AUGUUGAAUACUGAUUCUUCUACCUCUGUUACGACUGGCUCUAAUGCAAAUACUGUCGAACCUUCUCAUCAACUAUACCUCUAUCCAACUGAUAAUCCUGGAACUGUUAUUGUUGUUGAUAGAUUCAAUGGAAUGGGUUAUGGUAGUUGGCAUCGAGGAAUGUUGAUUGUGUUGUCAUGUAAAAAUAAGCUAGGAAUAAUAAAUGAAACGAUUAGCAAACCUAAUUCCACUUCACCACUGUUUGAGGCUUGGUGUCGAUGCAAUGACAUGGCGAUUGCAUGGAUUUUGAAUAGUUUAGAAGCUCAAAUUCGAGAGAGUGUAAUGUACACUGAGUCAGCUGCUAAGCUGUGGAAGAAUAUAGAAAAACAUUAUGUUCAACCUAAUGGAUCCAAAGUUUAUCAAAUUCGCAAUGGUCCUCCUAACAAUUCUCAGCCAAACAAAUUCAAGAAGACUACAACCUAUGCUCAUGUAGCAGAUUCUCAGAGUGUAGUUACUUUUGAUACUUCUAUUCCUAAUAAUCAUUCUGAGCAGUCUACCAAAAAUAACUAUGGUUUUACAAAGGAGCAAUAUGAACAUUUGUUGAACCUGUUCUACCAGACCAAGGUCUCACCACAAGACACUGCCAUUUCUGGAUCUGCCAACUUUGCAGGUUUGGUGCACUGUCUUGAUGUUAGAAACUGUUAUGUUUUUACUUGCAAUGUGUCUAGAUUAGAAGGUGAUCCUUGGAUAAUAGAUUCUGGUGCAACAAAUCAUAUGACACCUAACAAAUCUCUCUUAAUCAAUCUAAAACCUCUAGUAAUUCCUUACUUAGUGAUCCUGCCAAAUGGUUAUAGAGUUAAGGGCCCUUCUCUGAAGAGGCCUCUGGUUCUUGGUAAAAUCUCCAAUGGACUCUACCUCUUCCAGGCAGAUUCUUUCCUACCUUCCAUUUAUACUACUUCAGUUGGUGAUGUUGUUUCCACUGUUUUUGCUAAUUUUGUUUCUUGUCUAUCUGAUUCAAUUUCCACAAACACUAUAAAUACCACUGAAGCAAAUAAAACAGUCACUACUGGUGUACAUCCUGUUCCUUCUGCCUUUGAUUUUGAUAUAGAUGUUACAUUCCAAGAGUCUGUCUUUCCUUAUUCUGCUUCUUCUCCCCCUGUUUUCUUUCCUUCUUGUAUGUCUAAUCCUGCUGAUUAUCUUGUUUCUCCUAAUAUCUCUCCUUCUUCUACUUCCUCUUCUGGUGAUUCUUCUGUUUCUCUAAAGAGGUCAUCCAGGCCACAUAACCCUCCUCCACACCUAAAAGAUUAUGUUUGCACAAGUGUGUCUAUUUCUAAGGAAUCUAAUUCUACUUCUGAUGCUUGCUUGUUUGAACCACAAUUCUACCAUCAGGCUGUGUCUAACCCUGCUUGGCAGGCUACUAUGUUGGCUGAAUUUCAAGCCUUAGAGGUUAAACAAAAGGCAGAUGGUAGUAUAGAAAGAUACAAAGCUAGGUUUGUCAUUAAGGAGGAUACUCAACAAGAGGGGAUUGAUUUUACUGAAAUAUUUUCUCCUGUUGUCAAACUUACCACUAUUAGAUGCUUGCUUAGUAUUGUUAUUAAGAAAUAUUGGACUAUUUUUCAAUUGGAUGUGAAUAAUUCCUUUUUACAUGGCGAUUUAGAUGAAGAGGUGUAUAUGAAGAUACCUCUUGGCCUACAGGUUGUUUCCCCUGAUCCUUUUAUUCCUCUAGUUUGUAAACUUAACAAAUCUUUGUAUGGCCUUAGACAAGUUUCAAGGCAGUGGUAUGCAAAGCUCUCCUCAGCUCUUCAGUCAAAGGGUUCUGUUGUUUCACCUUUGGACAUACAUUCUAAGUUGGAUGCUGAUUCUGGAGACUUGCUUCCAGACCCUUCUUUUGUUCAACAUCUUAGUCAGUUUAUGUCCCAACCCAGAGUUUCUCAUUUUGAAGCUGGGUUGCAUGUGUUGAGAUAUUUAGUGGAUACACCUGAGUUGGGUUUGCUAUUCAACAACUCCUCUUCCUUUUCCUUAACUGGCUUCUGUGACUCUGAUUGGGCCAGCUGUUCUAUUUCCAGAAAGUUUGUUAGUGGUUUUGUAUUACUAUUAGGUGGGUGUCCUGUUUUCUGGAAGUCCAAGAAGCAGGCUACUAUUUCACUCUCUUCAGCAGAGGCUGAGUACAGGGCUCUGAGACAUUUAGUUGCUAAAAUUGUAUGGAUGGUCAUGUUGCUGGGUGAGUUUGGCAUUUCUUCCCUCACCCCUGUUCCAGUGGUUUGUGACAAUCGUUCUUCUAUCCGCAAUAUUCUCCUAUAUCCACUUCAGCCCAGCUUAAAGACACAGGCCCACUGGUCCAUAAUGAAGACAACUCGGAAGACCCUUAGUCAUAUUUAUAGUUGUAACCUUGUUUUAGUAGUGGCCAUUCUUUUACACAUAUAG